UUGCGUGCGUGUUUGCGUGCGGCGGAGGUGGCGGCGCGGGCCGGUCGGAGCUCCGGGUUCUUCCUUCUGGUGCUCCUGUCUCAGCCGUCGCUGUCCGGCUGGGUUGGACGGCCGAGCGGACGAGGCGCCAGCCACAGCUCCUCAGUACCGGACGCAGUUCGGCGCCGGGCGCGACGGGAGAGUGGGCGAGCGUGUGUUGGAGGGCGCCGCGCGUUCGGGCGGGCGGGCGCCGGUGAGGGAAAGAGGCGGGGGCGGCGGGUCAGUCGCGGGCCUGGCCGGCCGGGGGAUGUCGAUACCUGACGCGAUGCCGCUGCCCGGGGUCGGUGAGGAGCUGAAGCAGGCCAAGGAGAUUGAGGACGCCGAGAAGUACUCCUUCAUGGCCACCGUCACCAAGGCGCCCAAGAAGCAAAUCCAGUUUGCUGAUGACAUGCAGGAGUUCACCAAAUUCCCCACCAAGACUGGUCGGCGGUCUUUGUCUCGUUCCAUCUCUCAGUCCUCCACAGACAGCUACAGUUCUGCUGCAUCCUACACAGAUAGCUCUGAUGAUGAGGUUUCCCCCCGAGAGAAGCAGCAAACCAACUCCAAGGGCAGCAGCAAUUUCUGUGUGAAGAACAUCAAGCAGGCAGAAUUUGGACGCCGGGAGAUUGAGAUUGCAGAGCAAGACAUGUCUGCUCUGAUUUCACUCAGGAAACGUGCUCAGGGGGAGAAGCCCUUGGCUGGUGCUAAAAUAGUGGGCUGUACACACAUCACAGCCCAGACAGCGGUGUUGAUCGAGACACUCUGUGCCCUGGGGGCUCAGUGCCGCUGGUCUGCUUGCAACAUCUACUCCACUCAGAAUGAAGUGGCUGCAGCACUGGCAGAGGCUGGAGUUGCAGUGUUUGCUUGGAAGGGCGAGUCGGAAGAUGACUUCUGGUGGUGUAUUGACCGCUGUGUGAACAUGGAUGGAUGGCAAGCCAACAUGAUCCUGGAUGAUGGGGGAGACUUAACCCACUGGGUUUAUAAGAAGUAUCCAAACGUGUUUAAGAAGAUCCGAGGCAUUGUGGAAGAGAGCGUGACUGGUGUUCACAGGCUGUAUCAGCUCUCCAAAGCUGGGAAGCUCUGUGUUCCAGCCAUGAACGUCAAUGAUUCUGUUACCAAACAGAAGUUUGAUAACUUGUACUGCUGCCGAGAAUCCAUUUUGGAUGGCUUGAAGAGGACCACAGAUGUGAUGUUUGGUGGGAAACAAGUGGUGGUGUGUGGCUAUGGUGAGGUGGGAAAGGGCUGUUGUGCUGCUCUCAAGGCCCUGGGAGCAAUUGUCUACAUCACAGAAAUUGACCCCAUCUGUGCUCUGCAGGCCUGCAUGGAUGGGUUCAGGGUGGUAAAGCUAAAUGAAGUCAUCCGGCAAGUUGAUGUUGUAAUAACUUGCACGGGAAAUAAGAAUGUGGUGACUCGGGAGCAUUUGGACCGCAUGAAAAACAGCUGUAUCGUGUGCAAUAUGGGCCACUCCAACACGGAAAUUGAUGUUACCAGCCUCCGCACUCCAGAGCUGACAUGGGAGCGAGUACGUUCCCAGGUGGACCAUGUCAUCUGGCCAGAUGGCAAACGUGUUGUCCUCCUGGCAGAGGGUCGUCUGCUCAAUCUGAGCUGCUCCACAGUUCCCACCUUUGUUCUGUCUAUCACAGCUACAACACAGGCUCUGGCACUGAUAGAACUGUAUAAUGCACCUGAGGGACGAUACAAGCAAGAUGUAUACUUACUUCCUAAGAAAAUGGAUGAGUAUGUUGCCAGCUUGCACCUGCCAUCAUUUGAUGCCCACCUAACAGAGCUGACAGAUGACCAAGCAAAAUAUCUGGGACUCAACAAAAACGGGCCAUUCAAACCCAAUUAUUACAGAUACUAAUGGACCAGAUUACCAAGGACCAGUCCACAUGAACCACACAACUCUAAAAGAAAUAUUUUUUAAGAUGAUUUUUAUUUUCUUCUUAUUCCUGUCUUCUUGAUUUUUUUUUUUUUUCUGUAAGUUCAUUCUUGUUUUUUCAUCUCAUUAUCCAAGUUUUGCAGACCACACAGGAACUUGCUUCAUGGCUCUUUAGAUGAAACUGAGAUUCAAGGUUCCUUACCCUAGUCACUAAACAAUGAUUUUACUCUCCCAGCCCAGAAUGGUGAUUCUUCACCAUUUCUGGGGAUUUUAGUCUUACUGGUGUACCUUAUUAACAGGAAAGGCUAAGGUACCUUCUAUGUGGAACAAUCUGCAAUGUCUAAAUUGCCUUAAAGGAGCCCAUUUCUUAGCUGCUGAAAUCAGUGCUCUUUCACCUCUUCAGAGGAGCAGGGAUGUUACCUACCAGCCAGGUAGGUUAGAUGUAGAUGGUGCAUGUCAGUUUCGCCUAGGUGUUCCAAGCCCGUUCCUGUGUAAAGGAAUGUCCUGGUAUGUGUGGUUCAGAGAGAUGUGCUAGUGAGUAUUGCUUGUUGAGAUCCAGUAGACUCAUAUGGAUUUAGUACUACCCUUCUUCCACUCCUACCAGACCUUCUCAUUUUUCAGGUUUUUAACCAGAUUGUACUUUGUUAGGUUUGAUUUUGACCCCUAACAUUUCUGUUCUAAGAAAAAAGAAAAGAAAAAUGUUUAGUGUUAAUACUGAGAUGCUGCUUGGGUGGUUAGUUGUUACCAGUUUCUCUUUUGAACCUUUGGAGCUAAUGGUGCAGUUGGAUCUAAAGAAAUGCUGCCCUCAAACUGAUUAAUCCCUGUUUCAAGCCCAUAGUUUAUAGCAUCAAUGAAUUGAGGCCAUAACAGCUAAUUCUAUCAGCUCUGCCCCAUACAGCUUGUGCUGAAGGCAAAUUCCUUAAGCCAUUACUCAGUAUAAAGCACUGAGCCCCAUCUUUAGGAUUUAUCCUUUAAGAACAAAUUUCUGGUCAGCUGUGCUUCUGCAAUCUAAAAUAUUUAAAGAGAGGUAGGUGUGGAUGGGAGGAGGAAGGAUAAAUUGGGCCAGGGUGAGGGAAAUCUAGCCGCAUGUAACUUCUGGGACUUCAGACCCAGUGUAACAGUUUUAUAGAAAUAGUACUGCUUUUGACUGACAUAUGUCACAAAAAGUUAAAGAUCUUAAAGGGCAGUUUUACAUAGAGAAAGUAAUCAGUACAUCCUGGCUCACUCUCUGAAAGAAUCCCCAGAGAAGCUCUGUCAAAGAUCAGAAUGUAUUCCCAUGCCAUGCACCCUGCUUACCAGCAUUCCUGCAUGGUCAGAUGAGCUUUAUGUUCAUGAGCUUUAAGUAUUUAACUAUGCAGGAUUCUAAAUCCUCAACUUGUUCCAGUUUGGGAUCCUUCAAAGUUGGGUCAGGCAUUAGUACUAGUUACUAGAAAUUUUCAUUUCUCUAUUGCAAUCCUCAGAGAGACAGACAUUAAAAACAGGAAUAUAAGAAAAGAAAGCUUUCACCCUGCAACUUCCAAGCAGAGGACUGUGGUCUUGCCAAAAUAUUUUUCCUUUUCCUCUCCUGUUUCUCCCCACCAGCCCGUUCCCACUCCUUGCUAGUGUGACCAUGCUUACUUCCAUGUAGACGCCAAUGGUUGAAGCCCUUUUUCCUAAGGCAUUUAACCAGCCAAUCAGAAUACCACAUCCUUUAGGGGAAGUAACCUGACCAACAGUGGUAUCCAUCCCAUCAGCUCUGCUGGAGGGGAGGGGCCCCAUCCUGCCGCCCUCUGGCAUGCCCUCUGCCCCCAUAUCUAUUACUGUGUCCAUAGGAAUAGGUAAGGGCUCCAUCUCUGUCAAGCCAUGUAACAAAGGAUGCUGUGGAAAAAUGUCUGGCAUCAGAGGGAGCAUGUGGAAAGCAACUUGGGAGGAACAAGUUUAUUUUGUAUUGAAUGAUUUUUAAUGAAUGCAAUAUUAAUCCUUGCAGAUGAGCAAUAAUCAUUAAAUUCAAUUAAAAUGAUAAGACCUUA